AUGAGCAAACGAAAAAAUUAUAUUUUUAAUAAUACUUUUCCCGAUGAUUUUGAUUCUUACAAAUUCGAAAAUGUAAAUGGUAUAAUUACCAAAUCUUCACAAGCAUCGCAUGCACUACCAGAUCUUCAAUCAUUAGAAUUGACUGAUAGUGAAACCGAAACACAACCUGCAAUUAAUAUUGGAAAUAAAAAAACAGCUAUACAAGUAAGAUCUAAAAUUCAAUCGCUGAUUACGAAGAAAAUCGUGAAGAAACGGGAAAAGGCAGAUCCUUCUGAUAUUGAAAGUGAGGUCGAAAGAACAAUUAACCAAUCCAAAAAAAUGGCAAUCGAAAUUGAACAAGAAAGGUUGAAUUUCGAAAAGCAAAAACUUGAAAUUAAACAAAAUGAAAAGAAGUUAGAAAGAGAAGUCAUGUUAAAAAUAGAACAAGAAAAAUUAAAUGGGAGAAAGAAAAGAAUAAUCAAAUUAUAUUUUAAAAUAUAG